AAACAAAAACAUUUAUUAUAAUUUUGAUUUUCAAUUCAUCUUUGGCGACUUUGUUUUUUCGUCGAUCGUGUCAAUUUUCGCUCCUCAGAUUCCUUUCUCUUCCUAUCAUCCUUCGCGUCUCCUUCCCGCAAUUCUGUUUCCUCAAAACUGUUUUCUCGCAUCACUUUUUCAGUUUUUGUUUUUGUUUUUUUUUUUUUUCACUUCUGAAAAAAAAAAAACAUUCGUAAUUGUUUCGGAAGAUUAUUCCUCAGUCCUCACAUCAACAGGAACGAACUGAAUUUCGAACUGGUUAGUAUUAUGCUUUUAUGUAUGUUUGGCUAGAAAACUGAAAGCUCGCCCUUAAUUGAGGUUUGUCAAUGGACUGUAUGCUUGAAUAACAAAUUGCAAAGGCAGGCACACGCAAGGAGAUGAAAGGAGAAUCAUCUGGACUGAUCAUUGGCAUCUCUAUAGGGGUGGUAAUUGGACUGCUUUUGGCCAUAUUUGCACUUUUCUGUUUUAGGUACCAUAGGAAACGCUCGCAGAUUGGGAAUAGCAGUUCUCGGAGGGCAGCAGCCAUCCCCAUUCGUGCUAAUGGUGCCGAUUCUUGUACAGCAUUAUCAGACUCAUCUGUAGGUACGGAAUCACCCAAAACAUCUCAGCAGAAUGGCAUGCCUUUGUGGCUUGGAGUUGGACUCAAAAAGACUAAUGUGGUUUCUGCAUCAGGAAUACUCGAGUACACUUACAAGGAUCUGCAAAAAGCAACCUCUAAUUUUACCACAUUGAUUGGUCAAGGGGCAUUUGGUCCAGUUUAUAAAGCUCAGAUGGUAACUGGUGAGACAGUUGCUGUUAAAGUGCUUGCAACUGAUUCCAAGCAAGGAGCAAAAGAAUUCCAAACAGAGGUUAUGUUAUUGGGAAGGUUACAUCACAGGAACCUUGUGAACCUGGUUGGGUAUUGUGCAGAAAAGGGGCAGCAUAUGCUUAUCUAUGUCUACAUGACUAAAGGCAGUCUGGCUUCUCAUUUGUAUAGUGAAAAGCUUGAACCAUUGAGUUGGGAUUUGAGGAUUCAAAUAGCUGUAGAUGUAGCAAGGGCAUUGGAAUACCUUCAUGAUGGGGCUGUUCCUCCUGUAAUACAUCGGGAUAUUAAAUCUUCCAACAUUCUGUUGGAUCAGUCCAUGAGAGCCAGGGUAGCUGAUUUUGGGCUUUCUAGGGAAGAGAUGGUUGACAAACAUGCAUCCAAUAUACGCGGAACUUUUGGAUAUCUUGAUCCGGAAUACAUAUCAACGAGGGCCUUCACUAAGAAAAGCGAUGUUUACAGCUUUGGAGUGUUGCUCUUUGAACUCGUUGCAGCCAGAAAUCCUCAACAGGGUCUGAUGGAGUAUGUUGAACUUGCAGCAAUGAAUACGGAGGGGAAAGUCGGGUGGGAGGAAAUGGUGGAUUCCCGUCUUGAUGGGAAAUUCGACGUGCAAGAACUCAACGAUAUGGCAGCUUUAGCCUACAAAUGUGUUAACCGUGCACCAAGAAAACGACCAUCCAUGAGGGACAUUGUGCAAAUGCUAUCACGCAUCCCUAAAUUGAGGCACAAUAAAAAGCAUCAUGAGCAUUCGUUCUCUACCAUGCCAGAUGCGGUUAACAUCGACGUGGAUCAACGAAGUACAAUGUCUGAACACCGGCGUGUGGAGUCUGUGGAUAGCAGCACAGCUGAUACUUUUGAUGUUUAAAUGAUAGUUUGUUUGUUUGUUUGUUCAUUUGUUUCAUUGCUUGUUUUUUGGUUUGCUUUUGUAAUAUAUUUGUUGUUUUGUUAGGAAAUAGAAAGAAAGCAGAUCUUGGUGUUAGGUAUACUGAGUUCCGCUCAAUGGAAGUUAGGAUUCAAUUUAGUGUCCCCUUUUGCUUGUAAUUCCCAUGUAACAUUCUACAUUUUCUCUCUGUUUCUUGUUGCAUAUCCUCGUUUUUGUAUAUUGUUAACAAAUUUUGAAAAUAGAGAAAGAAAAAAAAAAAAAGUGUCCUCCAAA